AUGACCAGACAUAUAUCCGCUGUUUCCGACUCAAUCUCGGUAUCCAGUUACACUGAUUUUGGAUUUUCUUCUUCCUUUCUUGGUAGAUGAUUCCAUUCCUAGCGAAGAAAACCAAUCAUUCCUAGCGAAGAAAACCAGUAGAGAAAGAGAGAAGAGAAAGGGGUUCAGGGAGAGAGACUUCACGAUCAAACGCUCCAUUGCCCGAUUCGGUGGAGCUUUACGAUGACUGGUCUCUCUCUUGUUCGUUUCGUUGCUUGAUCGAAUCAGGACGGGUUCUUGAAGGAUUCUUGAUUAGCAGAGAGUCAAAAUGGUCGGGUCAGAUGAGAAUCAUCCUGGUGUAUUCAGCGAUUCAAAUAUUCAGGGUGGAUUUAAUCCAGGAAAUGGAAAGUUCACUGCCGGGAUGGGGCAUAAUAGGAGGGCACUGAGCACAAUUAAUCGCAACAUAGUUGGAGUCGGAGCUCCUCCUCAUUGUGCAGUGAACAAAAGAAGCAACUUAUCUGGAGAAAAUGCACUGCCUAAUAAGAUCCCUCAAGUUCCAGCACAUCGACCGGUUACCAGGAAAUUUGCCGCACAAAUGGCUAGCCAGCAGCAGAAUCAAACAUUUCCCGAGAAGCCGGAUCAAUCAAUUCCAGUUAGGGCUGAACCCGAAGACGAUUGUACCAUCAUAGACGUGGACGAGUACAAGACAGCCAGUGACUUUUCUGUGCCAAUGUUUGUGCAGCACACCGAGGCCAUGCUGGAGGAAAUAGAUCGGAUGGAGGUUGAAAUGGAAGAAGCAACUGAAGAGCCAAUCAUGGACAUAGACAGCAGGGAUAAGCAGAAUCCACUUGCUGUUGUUGACUAUAUCGAUGACUUAUAUGCCUACUACAAGAAAAUGGAGAACUCAAGCUGUGUCUCAUUAAACUAUAUGGGACAGCAGUUUGACAUCAAUGAAAGGAUGAGAGCUAUUUUAAUCGAUUGGCUUAUUGAGGUGCACUACAAGUUCGAAUUGAUGGACGAGACCUUGUAUCUGACUGUGAAUCUUAUCGAUAGAUUCUUAGCAGUCCAGCCAGUGGUCAGGAAGAAACUCCAGCUUGUUGGUGUGACGGCAAUGCUUCUUGCUUGCAAAUAUGAAGAAGUGUCAGUUCCUGUUGUGGAGGAUCUCAUUCUGAUAUCUGACAAAGCUUACAAAAGAAAAGAAGUACUUGAGAUGGAGAAACUAAUGGUCAACACAUUACAAUUUAAUCUAUCAGUUCCUACUCCAUAUGUGUUUAUGAGGAGGUUUCUAAAAGCUGCUCAAUCUGACAAAAGGCUGGAGCUUCUGUCUUUCUACAUAAUUGAGCUGUCCUUAAUAGAGUACGAAAUGGUGAAGUUCCCACCUUCUUUACUAGCUGCUGCAGCAGUUUUCACUGCUCAGUGUGCUCUCAGCGGAUUUAAAGAAUGGAGCAAGACCUGUGUGAAGCAUGCUAAUUACUCUGAAGAUCAGUUGCUGGAAUGCUCGAGGCUGAUGGUUGCUUUCCAUGAGAAGGCGGGCUCUGGCAAGCUCACUGGGGCUUAUCGAAAGUAUAGCACAUGUAAAUAUGGAUACGCUGCAAGAACAGAACCCGCUCUCUUCCUGUUAUAGGAUGGAUUCAUUAGCAGGGUGCGGAAUGGAUGCAGCAGCCAAAAAGAACUAGAGCUAACUUGAAGCAAAUCAAGUAAAAUGGGUAAUGGUGAGGAGGAGAGGAUGAUGGGGCCGGAAUUGUUGAUGUUCUUCCUGAACAUCUCCAUCACCUAGGGAUGAGUUUUUCUGUUAACUUUUUAUUUUGUGACCAGCAGCAGUUUCCCAAGCACAGUGGAACUAUUGCCAGCCUGACAUUUUAUUUCCUAUGAAAUGAUUAAAAAAAUUGUUGCUCUUGGAUUGGGUGCUGCUUUGUGUGUAGCUUUCCUCUCAGCAGGGGGAACCCCCCACAGUGUUUAGCGCAUAUUAGCAACUAAAUGUUCUAAUUCUAUGCAUUUGAUAGAAAGUUCUAAAUGUUUUCUUUCUUUUUUUAAAUUUUUUUUGUUUUUCCGUAUGCAAGU